AUGAAGAACAGUGAAGCUAGACCUGUCGGAUCUGCCCCAUUACCAGAGGCCAAUGAAGUUGAAAAGAAAAAUCCCAACGAGUGCAAUUACAUCCAGAAUGAUAAGAGAUCACAUGGCAAAGGCCGUGGUGGAUACAGAAACCGUGACAAUUACUCGAACGGUCGAGAUAAGUACUUGGCCGGCCGGAAAGGAAACCACAAUAACCGUGGUCGUGGUUCCAAUCCCGGCCGUGGCCAAGGCGGAUAUGGACGAGGUCAAGGCGAGAGUCUUAAGGACAAGAACCCGGAGGCUCAUAUGGUCCAAGAUUCCGGUUAUGAGGCUGAUAAAGAAUCUGAUGUUGCAAAUGACGACCUUAUGGAUUUUGAGACUUCUGAUUCUCUCGGUAUCAGCGUGGGGACAUGCCGUAUUACAUGCAGCAGAACUGAUUCGCAUCAGGCCAUCUAG